AUGAUAUACCUCCUUGACCUUUUGUGGUCUGAAUCAAGUGUUAAUCAUGUUAAAUUGCUUCCUGCAUCUAAUGAUGAUCAUGAGGGUGUAAUAGUUGACAUGAAGGAGCCUAUGGAACCUGACGUAUUUCUCACCUUGCUCAGAGCUUCAUUAUCACUGUGGAGGCAACAGGCGAAGAGGGGAGUUUGGAUUAAGUUACCCAUUGAACUUGUAAAUCUUGUAGAAACUGCAGUUAAGGAAGGAUUUUGGUACCACCGUGCUGAGCCAAGUUACCUUAUGCUUGUUUACUGGAUUCCUGAAACUGCAAGUACAAUCCCUGCUAAUGCUUCACAUAGAGUAGGUAUUGGUGCUAUUGUCAUUAAUGACAAAAGAGAGGUGCUUGUUGUCCAGGAAAAGAGUGGCAGAUUUCGAGGAACAGGGAUGUGGAAAAUUCCCACUGGAGUUGUUGAUGAGCCCUCUGAGUUAAACACAUACUCUGACAUAGAGGCCGUGUACACUUGUUUGAUGAAUGAAUAUGAAGUUAAGGAAGAGGAUUUGAUCUUGUAUGGACAAUCUGUUGGAAGUGGACCUACCCUGCAUUUAGCUUCUCGUUUAGAGAAGUUGAGGGGAGUUGUUCUUCACAGCGCAAUCCUUUCAGGCAUACGCGUCUUGUGUCCUGUCAAGAUGACAUUUUGGUUUGACAUUUACAAGAAUAUUGACAAAAUACGGCAAGUCAAUUGCCCAGUUCUUAUUAUACAUAAACUUGUAGAAGACCAAAAUCAGAUGAUAGCUCAAAUGCGUGAUGAACUACAGGCAGUGAAGAUGGGACAGCAGUCUUCCUCAUUGAUGCCAUCAUCAUCUGAUAGUCCUUCAGCUCAUAGAUCUCUUGGUGAUUCACAUAUUGAUUAG